GCCCUCCCCAUAUUCCCGGAGUCCUGGGCCUCGUACGCGUCGCCGUGGAUUACCCCGAGGGGUGGCACGACCGUGAAGAGACGGAGGAGACACGCGGUGGAAGAGGAGCAGCGGACAACGCGAGGAGCGGAGCGGCGAGUCCGAUAAUCCCGCGAUGGGUGGACGGACGAGAGGACUCUGAGAGUUUGUACGAUAUACAAACCUUGUCGCCGACUCGAUCGCUGGGCAUCCGGGCUGAGUUUUCUACAAGACGAUGGAGGCUUGCCCCGCGAAUGUAUCCAGGAUAGAGGGUGCGUAGGACUCGCGCAGAGGUAGACCAGGAACGAGAGAUCCAGCAUGGGGAAGUGUUGCAGCAAGCGGCAAGAGUCUCAACCGAUCGGCUAUAAGAAAGCAGACACGGGACUCAGCUCAAAGCACAGCAAUGGAGGUUCCUUGGACCGAUACACCGCCGACCCAAAUCAGAGAGGCGUGCAAGCUCGGGCGGAUAUUAUCCGACCGAGGCCGACACCCUGUAAGCUACAGAUACCGCAUCAGCAACCCCGUAAAACGAAUCCGCCUGUUAAGUCUGCAUCGCACUCACAAAGAUCCAACAAGAUCGUGGUGGCAUUGUACAAUUACACGGCGCGAGAAAGUACCGACGUUAGUUUCAUGAAAGGCGACCGAAUGGAGGUCCUCGACGAUUCCGAGCCGGACUGGUGGAGAGUGCUGCACUUAACGACUCUGCAGGAAGGCCUGAUCCCUUGGAACUUCGUGGCUGUCGAGCGGUCGGUCGAGAGCGAAGAUUGGUUCUUCGAAAAUGUGUCGCGUAAGGAGGCGGGCAAACUGCUACUGGUUGAUGAGAAUCCUCGCGGUACAUUCUUGGUGAGGCCGAGCGAGCACAAUCCUCGGGGUUACAGCUUAUCUGUUAAGGAUUGGGAAGAAGGAAGGGGUCAUCAUGUGAAACAUUACAAGAUUAAGCCGCUCGAUAAUGGCGGCUUUUUUAUUGCCACCAAUCAAACAUUCUCCAGCUUACCAGCUCUGGUUAUGGCAUACAGUAAAAACGCGUUGGGUCUCUGUCACGUGCUUUCGAAGCCCUGCCCGAAACCGCAACCGGAUAUGUGGGAUCUCGGACCUGAGUUGCGCGACAAGUGGGAAAUCAAUAGGAACGAGAUACAGCUGAUCUCAGAACUAGGUAACGGCAAUUUCGGCAAGGUUUAUUACGGCAAGUGGCGAAAUAAAAUUGAGGUGGCGGUAAAGACUCUGCGUCCAGGGACCAUGUCGACCGAAGCGUUUCUACAGGAGGCAGCCAUAAUGAAACAAUUCCGACACAGGCAUCUGGUCGCGUUAUAUGCGGUCUGCUCGAAAGAGGAGCCCAUCUAUAUUGUACAAGAAUACAUGUGUAACGGCAGUUUGUUGGACUUCCUCCGAAAGGGAGACGGCAAGUACAUGCAGUUCGAGGAUCUGAUUUACAUUGCAGCCCAAGUAGCCUCCGGUAUGGAAUACCUCGAGAGCAAACAACUCAUACAUAGAGAUCUCGCGGCAAGGAACGUACUAAUCGGCGAGAAAAACAAAGCGAAAAUUUGCGACUUUGGUCUCGCUAGGGUGAUCGAGGACGACGAGUAUUGUCCGAAGCAGGGCAGCAGGUUCCCUGUCAAGUGGACUGCGCCGGAGGCUAUCGUUUAUGGCAGGUUCAGCAUUAAGAGCGACGUCUGGUCCUACGGAAUCCUGCUGAUGGAGCUCUUCACUUACGGACAAGUUCCUUAUCCUGGUAUGCACGGUCGUGAAGUGAUUGAGCAAGUGGACAAGGGCUAUCGUAUGCCGAAACCAUUGAACCAUCCGCUACCCGAUAGCAUCUACCGACUGAUGCUACAGUGCUGGGAUGCUAGCCCCGAGAAGCGGCCCACGUUCGAGUUCCUGAAUCACUAUUUCGAGUCGUUUAACGUCACUAGCGAAAUACCGUAUCUCGAACCGCCGACGGACUGAUAUACAGCCCAUCAGUAUAUGCAAAAUCAUCAUCUGCCGCCUCACGGUCACUUUCACCCAGCCCACAUCAAUUGUGCCAUGGAAUUUUAUGGUAUUUACUGCUAAGUAAAUUAUUUAGCAUGUAUUACGCUGCCCUCAUCGGAACCUUCGCGGACUGGAUGCAUCGUUCUCACAGAAAGAAAAUACUUGUAAUAGGAGAACACCUUCACAUCCUCGCGAGAUUUUGCACCGUUGUCGCGAGUGACAUUUUUUGGACUGCGAAAUUUUUCUGUAGACUUUGGCGACCAAUCUUCUUGACACACAGUGCCGCGAACUUAUCGAACUUAUCACUGUCAAAUGCUGCCGAAAAUUUUAU